CGUUCACGUAUUGGAUUGCAUGGAUCUCGAAGUUGCUGUGAUACGAUAUUGAACUGGAUAACGGAUUGGGUUCUCGGAAUAACAGAAGCAGAGCGCGGAUGCCAAUGCAGUCCUUACAAGGGAGGAAUCCUAACUUAGCUGCAAUAUACACCACUACCACUCCCACCAUUGGCACGAGGAAAGCCCGUGUGCCUAAAAGUUACACAAUAGAGGACUCGAACGAUAUUGCCACUUUUGUUGCCUUAUCCAUCUUGUUACAAAGUUAGGCUCCGUUUCGGAGAAUAAGAGUGAAGUUUGAUGAGGUAAACUUGACAUUUUCCUGUUAUUUCACGAGUGGGAGAAAGUUAGCCGGAUGAAUGCAUACAUAUCACAGUGCUAAAUGUGGACGCAUGCACAUGUAUGUAACAAUCAUUACUGAUUUCAACGUCAUUUUAGAGGAUGUAUUUUGAGAUAUGUACAUAUUUAUAAUUUCCGAGCUUUCGUACACUGCAGAACUGCAAACUUCAUCAGGCCAAUUUAUGUAACGAUUUAUGCAACAAUUUGUUUCCGUAUUCCGUACAUUUUCAUGACCAAGAAAUGAUACAGGAAAUUGGUAAAAUUGAGUUGCAUGCAAUUUUGUGCAAAUUAUGCGGUGCAUAUUUCUCCGGUAUCCAAGAGAAGAGAAGGUCGAGUGCUGGUGUCCAAGGCGUAAGGAAAGUCAGGUUGGUCAUACCGCCCUAAAUUGCUACCCCACAUUUGUCACCCCACUUUAUUUGUAAGGAGGAUAUGCAAAUGUAUUUUGAAAUAAACUUGAUAAAGUUUAAGGAAGAAGACCCACAUUUUUACAUUUUUUUCAGAAUUUAAUGCAACAUGGGAAAAAGUUUUUUACAUACAUUUUGCAUGCCCAAUACAUUUUUUUCGGACAACACGGGAAGAAGUGAGAUUAUCAGUCUCAAAUUCACUGGUAAAAGCACUCCAAUUUUGCAUAAAUUCCGCCCAAGAGGAAGGAAGGAGGGGGAGAAAUUGGGGGAAAUUCCUGAUGUGGCGUCGUAGCGGGAUACUUUCACCAUACGUUUUUGCGCAUUUAUGCAUCUAAAUAGCUCACUUUCAAUGAAACUCUUUUUUUUCAUGAAGUGACACACUGGUGGCUGGGACAUGCGGGAGGACGUCGGUGGUGGGCGGAUUAUUAGCUUGAUUUGACACGGUGUAGGUGUGGUUAGACGGUGGAUAAAGUGAGUCAAGUCGUCAGUCCGGGAGAGCUAGCGGUCCAUACCUGUUGAACUUUGUGAAAACUGGUGCCCAGUUUCCACAAGUUUACUACAUACACAUACGAAGGAAAGUACGAACAAAACAAGGUCACAAAUUUAUUUUAAACGUGCAAACAAAUUAAAGGGAUCAUUUUUAUUAUUUUUUUAAGUUUUUAAAGUAAUUUUUCACAAUUUUCUUCUUCCUUGAGGAUUAUUAUAUAAAUAUGAAUCGCUUAAAAGUUGUGAGCGUCCUCGUCAUUCUUGCCAACAUAGUUUGUUCAAUUGGUUGCGACGAAAUAAAUAGCAAAGAGGAAGAAAGCGGAGAGGUUGAGAUUUCUGGGGAAAUUGAGACAAGCCCUGAUCAUGCUGUUCGUUCCACUCGGGUAAAGCGACUUCCGGAACAUUUGGACCCUAAUUAUCCAUUCUGGGUGAAAAUUGGAGAUUGCCCCACAACCUUGGACGGUACGAAGCAGUAUUUCUGCCCCACCCCGGCUUCAGGGGGAGGAUGGGUUUGUAUCGAUGAUUACCAGUUGUGCGACGGUGUGAAGAAUUGUCCCAACGCGGAAGACGAGUCGCACAGUUAUUGCCUCUUUUUUCGAGUGCUGAAAUCUGAGGUGGACGUGUUGACCCGAGCGAUGACGACGUUGGGCUCCACCACGCCGAAUGAGCAACCUAUAAUGGAAAUGGAUGACAGUGGUGGUGACGCUCCCUUGGUCGUCGACGGUACCGGUGGUGGUGACAGCAUUUUUGGACGUGGAGAUGAUGACACAACGGUAGGAGUCGAUCCCCUAAAUCCCGAGGUUUUCGUUAGUCGGUAUCAUCGCCAGAGUGGACGAUUCGUUCCAAUUCAGUAGUAAAAACACAGUUUUGUAAAAAAAAAAAAAAAAAAAAAAUAGAACUAUCUAGUUGAUUUUUGAAUUUUGUCAUAAAUUGGAU